UAACACCCAAACAGGUCCCCGAGCCUCGCCACUGGCCCGGCGUCCUUGCUCAGCUGCACAUUUCUAGGUCAACUGAACUCGAGCCUUCACGCCCCACGCCCUCGCAGGGACCGAUCAUGCCGGGAAAGCUAAGGACGAAUUUCUAGAGCCGACCGGCGAUGCCCCAAACCCCGGCCCUAAGUGACACGGGACCGCGGCCAAAAGCAAGGCUGACUCUUCUGCUCCAGGGACGACUUACGGGAUAUUGGAAAUGGCUACUCCCCAGUCAGUUUUCAUCUUUGCAAUCUGCAUUUUAAUGAUAACGGAAUUAAUUUUGGCCUCAAAGAGUUACUAUGAUAUCUUAGGUGUGCCAAAAUCGGCAUCAGAGCGCCAAAUCAAGAAGGCCUUUCACAAGUUGGCCAUGAAGUACCAUCCUGACAAAAAUAAGAGCCCUGAUGCGGAAGCAAAAUUCAGAGAGAUAGCAGAAGCAUAUGAAACACUCUCAGAUGCUAAUAGGCGAAAAGAGUAUGAUACACUUGGACACAGUGCAUUUACCAAUGGUAAAGGACAAAGAGGUAGUGGAAGUCCUUUUGAGCAGUCAUUUAACUUCAAUUUUGAUGACUUAUUUAAAGACUUUGGUUUUUUUGGUCAAAACCAAAACACUCGGUCCAAGAAGCAUUUUGAAAAUCACUUCCAGACACGCCAGGAUGGUUCUAGUAGACAAAGGCAUCAUUUCCAAGAGUUUUCUUUUGGAGGUGGACUGUUUGAUGACAUGUUUGAAGAUAUGGAGAAAAUGUUUUCUUUCAGUGGUUUUGACACCACCGGUCGGCACACAGUACAGACUGAAAAUAGAUUCCACGGAUCUAGCAAGCACUGCAGGACUGUCACUCAACGAAGAGGAAACAUGGUUACUACAUACACUGACUGUUCAGGACAGUAGUUCAUUCUUUUUUCUGUUCUCAUUAAACCCAACUAGUGGACUGUUCUUCAAUAUCUCUGAUGCAAAACAAUGUUCUGUGAACUCUUUUGACAAGUGCAUGAUUUCACUUAACUUGAUAUAGUUAUUACAUAUAUGUAAAUUGUAUUUGACAAAUUAAGCAACAUUCAGUUAGAGAAAUAGCUAAUUAUUAAUUUCCCUGAUUAGGAAAGAUUCUUUAAAAGAAAACGCAAAAAAACAAAAAGCCUGCCUGGUCUUUUCUCUCUACCUGCCCUUGGGCUUAUUAACAUGGCCAGUUUUAUUACCAAGAAAAGAUUGAGUUUGCCUGAUACAUAUUUUUAGGUCAAACUGUAAAAGUUAUUGUAGAUUUAAAUUGUGUGAACUUGAAUGACUUUUGCAGUGAAACCUUUGCUAAUUUAAAAUUGCAUGAUCUGUAGCAUCUGACUUGGGUUGCUAAGUGUAGUGGAACUGUAUAAUGAGUCAUUCAGCAAAGAAGAGCAGUAUCUAGGUAAAUUUCCACGGAAAGCUUCAAAAAGGCAUGGGUUAAUAUUUACCACAGAGCCAUGCCUUUCUUCAAUUGAAUUGGAGUAAAGGAAAUGAUUGUUUUGCUCGUAGUCAUUUAGGCUGAAAGAAAGUUAAAAAUUUAAGAAAUAUUGCCAAGAGAUUGUUACCUGGUUGGUCCCUAGCUAAUGAUUUUGUAAUGUUGGAAUCAUAGCUACUUUACAUAUCUUUUCACAUUUCUGUCUUAGUUCUUGGCUCUCCAGGGCUUAAUAUGGAUUCAUGUAUUUUGUGUAUGUGUGGUUCCUCUUCUUUGCACUCGUCUUUAUCUAGAGAUUGACUAAUACCUCAUUCUGUUUGUAAAAACAGCCAGUAAUUUCUGCGCAACCUUAUUAUGUGCAAUAUUUUUAAAUCCUAAGAAAUAUGUGCUUUUGUUUUCAGACUUAUUUCUUUAGUCCUGCACUUUCCCACAUUAUACUCCGUAUGAGUAUUAAUCCUAUGGAUACAUAUAAAAAGUAGUAAAUGUGUCAUACAAGACUGUGUGUGAGAGAAAUAUAAUAUUUACAAGAUGAUCUUCGUUAUCACUUCAUUGUUAAAAGUUUAUUCUGCAAUUCUGGAGGUAUAAGCAACAGGCUACUUAUGCCAACUAUAGACCAUGUUCCAGAAGUUACUUUUGACUAACCUGAAAACCCUGAUGUGACCUUCUCUGAUUGCCAUUUGAUAGUUUCCCUUGCUUUCUUAUCCUCCUUCCCUCAUAAAUUUUGGUAGCUUGAAGAUUUUAUUAUACUUUUGGUGUAUUUGCUAGGAACAAGUAUUUUUGCCACCGGUUCUUUCCUCUUUAAGAUUGGUUGGGAAAAAGCAGAAAUUUUGCAUAAAGCUGUAUUUGUUAAUAUCCUUGUUUUGAAAGCUGAACAAAAUGAACUUACUAUAUUUAUGUACCUUAAUUUCCUGGAAGUUAUACCUACUACUUUUGUUUGAAAAUAAGAAAAUAACCAUACCUUGAAUUUUGAUCUAAGGGUUGAUUAUCUGUAGCCUAUCAAACAGAACAAAUGAGGGGAAAAAAAUUCAAAUUAGGACUAAGUUUAAGGGUUAUUUUUAUAUUGUUAGCACCUGUCCCCUUUUUCUCCAGGGCCUUAUUAUUGUCCUGUUUUUCCCAUUCUUGACACUGAUUUGAACCCCCUCUUUUCUCUGUUUUUUUAACCUCUCUUUUGGCUCUUUAAGGAACUGUUAAGGUCAUGGGAACUGCUAAUCUGUAGCCAGUUAGUUAGAAUACAGGUAAUAACUUGGGCAUGCAGUUGGCAUCUGAGAGCCUUAGCCUGUGGGAUCUGAUCCUAUCUCUGAGUAGAUAGUUUCAGAAUCGAGUUGAAUUGUAGGACACCCAUUUCGUGUCUGGAGCAUCACUUGGUGGUGUGGGGGAACUCUCCUCCCAACAUGCAUUGGAAAUUUGGAUCUCAGAAUACUCUUUGGGAGCUUCUUUGAGCCUUCAGUAUGCUUAUCUAUAUUGUGCAUGUAUCCCUUGCCAAAUUUACUAGACCGUAAACCAUUUUUACUGAGUACCCUUAAUCAUAUCCAAAUGUGCAAAUGUAAAAGUUUGGUAAAUAUUGGCCUAAAUAAAAACUGAAGCAAAAAUCAU